ACCCGUCGAGCCCACUGACAGAAAACACCACCUAGAAACCAAGCGAGCCCUCACGAUUCAUGGAAAUAUGUAGUUAGCUCGCACGGUUCAGCAUAUUUCGACAACAGGGGGAUUGGUGGAGCUGUGCUAAUACAUGGAAAGUUACCAUGGGUGGCCAUGAUGAUGAAGAUUUGCCAUAUGUUGUGAACAAACAAAAACAAGAUGAAGAGCUAAAGAAUAAACUGAAUGACAGCAGCCACUGGUGUGACCAGGAGUCUACUGGCAACAAUGCCAAGUGGGUCAAAGAAGGCCAGAACCAGCUGCGGAAAGUAGCCGAGAACCAGCAGGACCAGGACCACAACUGCAAUAUCAGCCAGAAUGGGAACAAAGAUGACUUCCCUCACCAGAACACCACUCAGGAAGAACAACAGGGAAACGAGGAGCAGACCAAGUCUCCUAAAAUAGCAAUGACCCCUGGUCUUAGUCAGGAGGAGUCCAAGAACAUCUUAAAUGAGCCGCUACUCAUCGACACUCUGGAGUCCACAGAGGAGAAAGGUAAAGAGAGAGAAGAAGAUGAUAAAGAGAAGGAAAAGACAUCAGAGGAGGAUGAGCAGACAGCAGGUGAGACCAGAGGAGAGAGAGCGACAGAAGGAAAGAGUAAUGUGGAGUCUCAGAGGGAGGGCAGUGUUGUGGGGAGAAAUACCUGCCUCCUGUUCUCCAACCUGAAUGGGACACCAAAUGAUGAAGAGUCCAGCUGGCCUGCUCAGGACAACACAACUGACAGCUCUCCAAAUGGCAACAGAGAGUCCUUUUGGGAUUCCAGUGCCUUUGAGACCGACACAGACCUGCCCUCGGGCUGGAUGAGGGUGCGGGAUACAUCGGGCACUUACUACUGGCACAUCCCCACAGGCACCACCCAGUGGGAGCCGCCGUCACCCCUGGGUAAAGUGGGCGACUCCAUGAUGUCUUCAACUAUGUCUCUGGAGACUACGCCGUGUGAGGAGACUGAGGAAUCUUGGGCUCACCUUUCCAGCACAGACGAAGCAGUCGGUGAAGGGGAACUGUGGAAUGAGGAGGCUGAAGUUGCAUCUGAUCAAAGUCUGAAGGAGUUUGAAGGAGCAACUCUACGCUAUGCAUCCAUCAACCUGAAUUACAAUUGCUCCCAGUCUGAGGAAGAAGAAAAGCUCGCUCCGCUCUGCACAGAUUUAGAAACUAAGUGUUUUGCAGUGCGUUCCCUGGGCUGGGUAGAGAUGUCAGAGGAGGACAUGGUACCUGGCAAGAGCAGUGUUGCUGUCAACAACUGCAUCAGGCAGCUUUCUUAUCACAAACACAACCUUCAUGACACUGCUGGUAUCUGGGGAGAGGGUAAGGACAUGCUGAUGGUGCUGGAGAAUGACACCAUGAACUUGAUCGACCCUCUGGGCCAGACUCUGCUUCAUGCUCAGCCCAUUGGCAGCAUCCGUGUGUGGGGUGUUGGCCGAGACAACGGCAGGGAUUUUGCUUACGUGGCUCGAGACAACCUGACUCAGGUCCUGAAGUGUCAUGUUUUCCGCUGUGACUCACCUGCCAAGAACAUAGCUACAAGCCUGCAUGAGAUGUGUUCAAAGAUAAUGAUGGAGAGAAAGGCGACCAAGCCAGGAGUGAGCAGGCUCAACUCUGACCCGAGUAACCCAGUGGUCAUCCCUAUUGAAGAGUUUCCUGCUCCGAAAAAUGAACUCUUCCAGCGCUUCCAUGUUUAUUACCUUGGUUGUGAGGCUGUGUCCAAGCCAGUUGGUAUGGAUAUAAUCAAUGAUGCGCUCGAGGCAGCAGUUAAUAGCAAAGAUAAAAACGACUGGACUCCUGUCUCUGUGAAUAUCGCACCAGCCACCCUCACAAUACUUUCAAAACAGAGUGAGGAGGUGCUGUCAGAGUGCAGGGUGCGUUUCCUGUCUUUCAUGGGUGUGGGAAGGGACGUCCACACCUUCGCUUACAUCAUGGCGGAGGGUCCCCAAGAUUUCACCUGUCACAUGUUUUGGUGCGAACCCAAUGCUGCCAGUCUGAGUGAGGCUGUACAGGCCGCCUGCAUGCUUCGUUACCAGAAAUGUUUGGAUGCACGUCAACCCAGCCUCGCCUCCUGCCUGCCCACUCCUCCCGCUGACUCGGUGGCUCGACGGGUCAAGAAGGGGGUGCAGAGUCUGCUGGGCAGCUUUAAGAGCUACAGGUCCGGCUCUCAAUCCCCUUGAGUUGGAUGAAGAUGACCCACAGUCCAUCAAACACAAGGUCCGUCACCACAGCCCCCUCUCAGUGUCACUCCUCCCCCUAUCAUUUUUCUGCCACAGUUUCGCCUUACGACCGUCUCACUUGUCUAGUCACUAGUCUAGUUUUUGGAGUAAUUUGUGGGGAAAAUGCGUGUGAAAAGAUUUAGGACAUUUAUUUCCUUUUUUUUUUUAGCUGUUACUUUAUACAACAAUUUUAAACUCCUAUCUCCAAACAGAUGAACCCCUGGCAUUAUUUCUUUUCUUUGCUGGGAUUCUUUCUGUGAGUCUUAACUAUUUUUGUGUUUUAACAGAAACAAUGCUACGAAUGUUGGAUAUGGAUGUAAUAUAUAUAUAUAAUUUGGUUGCUAGAUUCUCUCACAGAAAUGUUCCCCUUUUCCUCCUCGGUGCAAUUAUCAUCUCAAACCUCUUUUCUACUUUUGAACAAGGUACUGUAACACAGUUGCUUGGUGUCAAGUAUCCUGAUAUUGAUUUUCUAAAACAUCACUGCACCUCUCUGUCCAUCACCUUAGGUUGUAUUAGAAGCACUGUAGGCGUCUCAGUAGUGGGCCAAGUGCUUAUAUGUCCCCGACCCCCCCCUCAAACAAUGUAUUUUAGUCUUCCAAAGAGCUGUAUGGUCAUCUGUCACGUAGUGAGCAACCACUGAUUUGAGUGUAGUGUGUUUCUCAUACAUUCUGCAUGAACAUUUGCAAGUUCAGUGCUAGUGUGCAAUAAUCAGAUGUUCCUGUAUGGUGUGUGGUGAUAACGAUGGCUGCCUUGUGAUUUAUUCGUUCACUUUAAUGAGAGUCUGGCUAGAUCGGGUGCGAGGCUAAACGGAACAACAGAGCCAUGAAAAUCAUUCUCUUGUGAUAGUAAUAAACAAAAGAAAAACAAACUCUGGGUUUUCACACAGCCGUUUACCACCAACAACUACUGAAUAGUACUGUAGAAACUCACCACAAGCUGCAUGUUUUGAUAGCUUAGAGUGCUUAAGACCCAUCAAUGUAUCCUGUAAAUUCUUUCUCUGUGUUUCUGUACGGUAAGAGGAGGCCAGAGUCGAUGUGGUGUUUCGUGUUUCAUAGGCAUGUCACUCUAGUUAGUGUCAGUGUUUGUCAUGAGCAGUAGAGAGUUAGACUUCCUGUCAGUCCCUUCAGGCUGAAAAGACGAGAGGAGGUUAAUGUUUGUAUUUACAGUUUGUGUAUACAGGAAACCUAGAGAUGAUUUCUCUCAGUGGUUUACAUUUUUAUUUUUUCCUUGGCCGCCAUACAUUUUGACAUGUGUGGGCCCCGGCCGGUAAUGUAUUUUUUAUUGUUUCCACACAUGUACACAAGUAAGAUGAUAGUUACGUUAGCUCGCUAGAUUUACUUUUUAUAAAGAAAACACUAAUUAGCCAAGUUGUGUUUUAUCUUUAUGCGUCCGUCGGUGAUCAAUACUCUAUGUAGCACAAUAGUAAUAGUCAUCUCUAAUAUUAAAGAUGCAGUUUGUAAGAUUUUUUUGGUAAUUUUGACCUCUGCAGGGUAUUUGUUUGGCCAAGUUGAGACAUUGGUAGCUACUUACAAGAUGAUCUCAGGCAAACUGACUCCACUACGUAGAGAUACAAAUAAAUCUACAAAUAAAGGCCUGUGUCCACAAGUGUUUUUUUGCAGCAUCUAGUGGCAGCAUGUAGUCACCUAGAGGAAAAGUGCCACGCCCAUCAUCUUUUUUUAUUUUUAUCGCGGUCCAGCUAUUGCACAGCCGCUCUGAGUACUUCUUGUUGAGAAUCUCUGAACUUUGUUGUUACUGCUGCUUCUUCAGUUAUGUUUCUGUCAAAACCAAGACAGAAAAGUCCAUUUUUGGGAGCAGAUUGGUCAGCGGACGCUGGAUGCUGCUGGUUGUAGUUUUGCUUUUGUCACUGUACCGUUGUAAGCUUGCUGUUAACGUAGCGUCAUGUUAGCACACGGUCGCUUUUGAUGAAGCGCUCCCCAGCACCCUGCUGUCACUUUUCUGCUAAAAACACGACGUGGACACAGACCCCACAGAAACAAUUUUAGAGCAAAUGUAUCACUAAAUUAAAUUAUGACAAAAUAUAGUGAAAAUGAAUGUAAAGACAUGCAUUACAAAUACAACAUUGUAUUUAAAAGGACAGGAAAUACAUCUAUGAAACAGUGGUUUUUUGGGGGGGGGAUUUUUUUUAAAAAUAUGUUCUUGAUAUGCUGACUUUGUGUCAAUGUUCGAUUCCAACUGGUGCAUAAUGAUACAUCUCUGGUCUAAAAGCCAUUUUUAAAUUACAUUUAUUUACCAGCUAUCAGCAUUGAAUUGUUGACAACAUUUCAACUUUGUUGAUGUUUUGUUUUUGGAAAAAUACUCAUCUGAUGUUAUUUUUAUAUGUAAAAUAGGUGUCCUCAAAACAGUGCUAAAAUAUGUUUGGUACUUGUAAAAUAUAAAUAUGUAGUCCAUGUUGGAAACUUGGAUUGGAAAAGAUCCCAUUUGAGUUCAGAGAAGCAUGACUGUUUGUGAGACAAAUUUCCAGCCAUAAAUCUCUAAUGGAGUCUGACUUUAUUGUGCAAACUUGUCACCCAAUUUUGAAAGCAAAGCGGUGCUUUGCGAUGACUGGCCUCUGUCAAACUUACAUUCUCAGAUUCCUGUAGAUGUUUUUAACAUUUUAGAAGUCAUCACUAACACUAAAACUCUUACCAACUGCUUCUUUAUAGUAUGUGUACCACUAAUGAAAAUUAGACCACAUAUUACUGCCAUGUCACUCGGAAUUAUUAUUUUUGCUUUUUAAAAGUUUGCUGUGUCCAGUCAGUGGCAACACUAAAGCCAGAUGAGUCUAAGAACAUUAGCAGAUUAAUUUAUUUCUGUUCAUGUAAAUUAGGUGUAUAAAAUGUAUGUAUAUAAAAGUCACUGCACAAUAAAUGUGAACAUAUCAUAA